UGUGCCAGCCUCCUUGUUUUCCUGCCCAGCCUCUCCUGCGAGCAUUACCUUUGCAGUGGCUUGUGCUGCCGCACCGAGCAGCCCUCCCUCCUCCAUCCGCUCCCCUUUCAUUUUUGCAAGAAAAGAGGGGGGUCGGGAUUGGCUGCAGAAUAGCCCCCUUCCCUCUGCCCCCACCCUCCCAUUCUGCCCAUUGCAUUGUGCCCCCCUCGCCCAUCGCUGCCUGCGGAGGGUGCCCCGGAGGAUCUCUAUGGCCGGUUGAGGGUAACCCACUCCCCCUUGGAUCCUCGCUGCUGACAGCUCCUGCUUGAUCAGACUGAGCAGUCACCAUGACGACAGAACUGGGGUCAGAGACAGAACUUUCUCCUGGCCCCGAGGGCCCAGCGCAAGACGGAGUCCCUAAUCCUGCACUAAAUGCCCAAGAUGCCUCCUAUGCACCCGCUAACAAUGUGGAGAGGCCAGGAGCCGGCGAAAACGCACGAAGACCCGGGGAGGGAGAAGAGAGAGCGGACUUGGCCUCAGAGCGAACAACACCCACCCACAUGCAGCGAUCACCCCAAAAACAUUCCAGGAAACCCAAGAGUGCUCUUUGCAGGGUAACACUGUUGGAUUCUUCCAACUAUGAGUGUGAGAUAGAGAAGCACGCUCGAGGGCAGGUCCUGUUCGAUACUGUGUGCGGGCAUCUCAACCUUCUGGAAAAAGAUUACUUUGGCCUGACGUUCUGCGAUACCGACAGUCAAAAGAACUGGCUGGACCCUUCCAAAGAAAUAAAGAAGCAGAUCAAAAGUGAGUGUGGUGCGUGGACGUUCGGCUUCACCGUAAAGUUUUAUCCUCCGGACCCUUCCCAGCUUACAGAGGAUAUUACAAGGUAUUACCUAUGCCUGCAGCUACGCGCUGACAUCAUCAGUGGGCGCCUUCCGUGCUCCUUUGUCACACAUGCCCUGCUUGGCUCGUACACUGUCCAGGCUGAAUUGGGUGACUACGAUCCCGAGGAGAAUCAUGGGAACUACGUUAGCGAGCUGCGCUUCUCCCCUAACCAGACGCGAGAGCUGGAGGAGAGAAUAAUGGAACUGCACAAAACGUACAGGGGGAUGACUCCAGCAGAAGCUGAGAUUCAUUUUCUAGAAAAUGCCAAGAAGCUCUCUAUGUAUGGAGUGGACCUACAUCAUGCCAAGGACUCCGAGGGGAUUGAUAUCAUGCUGGGAGUUUGUGCCAAUGGGCUUUUGAUCUACAGAGACCGGCUGCGAAUCAACCGCUUUGCUUGGCCCAAAAUCCUCAAGAUUUCCUACAAACGGAGCAACUUUUACAUUAAAAUACGGCCGGGGGAGUACGAGCAAUUUGAAAGCACCAUUGGGUUCAAGCUGCCCAAUCAUCGAGCCGCAAAGCGUUUGUGGAAGGUUUGCAUAGAACACCACACAUUCUUUAGGCUUGUGUCCCCAGAACCAGCACCAAAGGGAUUCCUAGUGAUGGGGUCAAAGUUCCGUUACAGUGGGCGCACACAGGCACAGACCCAACAGGCAAGCGCCCUCAUAGACCGCCCGGCUCCCAACUUUAAACGUUCUUCUAGCAAACGAUACACCCUGUCUCAAAGCCAGGAAGGAGGGUUCUCACGGCCGACUGCUGUAAACGAGAACCACGAAUCUUCACCGGAGAAAAACCACGAAGACCACGGGGAAGAGCUGGACAGGGAAGAGGGGCAGGAAGAGGUGACGACACCAACCAAAAUCAAGGAACUAAAGUCGGAGCAAGAGAGCACCCCCCGGCACAAGGAGUUCCUAGACAAGUCUGAGGAUGUCCUGCUGAAACAUCAGGCCAGUAUUAAUGAACUGAAAAGAACCUUGAAACAACCAAACAGCAAAUUGGUCCACAGAGAAAGGGGGAGGGAGAAGAGAUUGCCUUCCUCACCCACUUCCUCAUCCCCUAAACCAGAGGAUGGAGAGGACGCAGUGAAACAUGUUGAAGACGAGGCUGACGGUGCUGCUAUCCAGGACUCGGAGGUUUUCACCCAGAAAAGCCUUGCCUCCUCCCCUGAGGGCAUGGAGAAUUGGGUUUUAGUAGAGAGGUCAACAAAGAACACUCAGGUGUCCCCUGGAGAGAUGGAAAAGAAGGAAAUUGAGCAGCUGCCUGGACUAGACCUGUCAGCUAUAGAUGAAGAACCACCCCUGAAUGAAAUGCAGGUUUCCAGAGUAAGAGAGGAGAGUAGAAAAGAGGAGGUAAGAAUGGAGAGGGGGUCAGAAAAACCCAUACAAGCUUCAAGAGUAGUAGAGAGAAGAAUCCGACUGACAGAGAGAGAGGAGCGAUUGGUGAUGGUGGCCAGUGAGUGGGAAGAUGUGGACAACAAGGCAAGGACAGCACCAGAUGGAGCACCGGCAGAGGACAGCAGGGGAUGGACAUUUAAGGGAGAAAAGACAGAACUGACUGCAGCUUGGAGUCAAGGAGAAGAAGCCCAACAAAAAAGGAAGAGCAAUACUGCAGGGAAAGAGACAUCCUUUGAAAAAAGAGAUGGGAAUGGGAUAACAGUUUUAGGAACAUCAGAAAAACACAAGGACGUAUGCAAGGGCAUUCUGGAUCCUGGAGAAAGUAGGCGGCUCAUUGUGUGUGAGGAAGAAGCUGGAGAUUGUGCAGAGGAUGCCGAGAAUGACUGGCCUGUUGGAUUACCUUGGGAAGAACAAGAGAGCCCUUUGGUGUGGUGCGAAAGUUCAGGUUAUCAACAACUUGUGAAGCAGGAAGACCAGGAUAUCACAGACAGCUUUGCAUCAUUCAACCAGCAAGGCCAGCAAACGCAGUUUCGGAAAUCAGGUAACAAACUAAAGAAAAACGGAAGCCCACCUGGACAGACUGGAUCUGCUUCCAGUGAAAGACCCAAGUUUACUGUGAAAAGAGUUUCUGCUGGUUUUCUAAGGUUGGAUCAUCCACCAGAAGAGAAAGGGGGGCCUCGUGAUACAGACAUGAAUAGAGGAGAAGAGACAGCUGCUUGUUCUGCAGUAGGAAAUAUUUCACCCGGCCCAGUUGGUUGCAGUGCUACCGAGAGAGGCAGAGCAAAGUCAACUGGUGAAGACUGGGGCCAACAAGCUCUCCAUUUUAUGUUGCCCACCGUCGUACCACUGCCAGUGACACUGGACAAUAACAGAGAACACCAAGCGAGAGCUGCAGAUCCUACUGAACAACCACUUCUUGAAUCAAACUCCAGGAAUGCAGGAGAUGCCAGCCCAGCAGAGUCCACCACAGAUACCCCAGGAGACCUUUCCUCUCCCGACUCCGGCUGUGAAAUCACACUGACUGAUCCAGCGUGUCAACCCCUUGAGGCGACGUCUUGGGAAGAAAGGGACGUCCCAUCAGCCCUAAGAGAGGUCACCCUGCCGGACCAGGGUUUUAGGAAAACUGGAAGUGUUCUUUAUCAGAGAGUGAGCAGCAGGGAGACAGAAGAGCCACGGGGCACAGGCGAAGAGGAACAGAAUGCAGGGCUUUUGAAAGAAAAUCAGCUGAGUAUUGAAAGGAAGUGCUCCAGCAUCACAGUCAGCUCCACUUCCAGCCUCGAGGCUGAGGUAGACUUCACAGUCAUUGGAGAUUACCACUCCAACGUUGGAUUUGAGGACUUUUCCCGCAGCCUGCCAGAGCUGCAUCGAGAUCAGGGUGAUGGUGCAGGAGGUCCCAUAGAAAACAAUUCCACGGCGGCGUCUAAUGAAAUGCAGGAUGAGGAGACUAAGGAUCUGGAAACGGUGGAGCCCUGUUUACAGAAUGUGCAGAAGGAGGUUGUGAGCACAGUAACCACAGUAAGUGGGACAACGGAUGGGCACAGCACGGAAACACAGGUCACUACAGUAAAAGCCACACAGGUUGUGGAAGUCAAAACAGAGGCAAGAGUGGCUGAAUGUGGCGAUGGUGCCCAGGGAUCACAUACAGACGGUGCCCGCACCCACCAUGCUUUACCUACAGCAAUUAUUCCCCACGCGGCCACAGCAGAGACCCUUUCCUCUUCCACAACCACCCAUGUGACCAAGACGGUGAAAGGUGGAUUUUCUGAAACUCGAAUAGAAAAACGAAUAAUAAUCACGGGGGACGAAGAUGUGGACCAAGAGCAGGCCCUUGCACUGGCCAUAAAAGAGGCCAAACUUCAGCACCCAGACAUGAUGGUCACCAAGGCUGUUGUGUAUUGUGAGACAGAACCCUCCCCUGAGGAGCCUGGAGAGAGCGUUGAGAAAUCUUGACGUCGGAUUUUGGAUGUGAAAAUCUUCCCAUGGCCACUUCUCUUUGUUAUUCACCUCUGAAAAUAAGGACACCCUCUCCCUCCCUUAAUUUCCUCUUUACACACCAUGCCAGCUGCAAAAACCACCACAUCCGGCAAGGGGCAACUAAGACCACGCUGACAGUGCCCCUUACAGAGAGAAUGAGAGAGACUUGCCACCCUCCCAGGAGCAGAUUCCCUAACUGAGUGCUGAGGGCAAUAAUACACCUUCCCUUCUCCCCUUCCCCUUGGCCAAUCAUCCUAAGAAGCAUGUGUGGCACUACGGGACUGCAUGCAACAUCUACAGGGUUCUUUUUAUCUGCACUACUAAGGAACUAUUGCUCCGGAUUGCUAGAGACCUUCAAAGAAUCAAUUCCUUGAUGCUCUUGGCUCUUCAGCCUAGAAGGGGGUUAAUCUACGGAUUAAUCAGGAUACCUCUCUGCAAUAGAUAGAAGCCUAGCACGCUCUGAGCCUGCCCUGAUAAUCUUCAGCCUGGAGAUCACUCUGCAUUAGAUAGAAACGCAGCACGGUCUGAGCCUGAUCAUUUGCAUCCAGGAGAACAAAUUAGCUAGAAGUCCGGCACUAUCAAAUCAUCUUCUGAUAAUCUGCACUCAGUGGGUCAAACUCUUUUUGAUUGAUUUUAAAUGCUGCAUAACUGAUAUUAUUGAUUUGGUACAGUUAAGAUAAAAUGAAUUGCUUACUUGGUACAUAGUUAUUUAGAAUGAAAAAGACAAAUUUCAACCCCCAGUGUGAUUAUUGGUCAAAGAGAAUGCAAAACACUAACUGUUACCCCACCGAGGGACAAAGUAUCCCUUCCUGACUCCUCCUAAAAUGCAACAGUAUAUCCCUAAUUUACUGCCAGCCUAUGUAAGUAUAUAUAAUUUAAUAAUAAUUAAACAACCAGACAUUUUCAUACAUUCUGCAUCAGUUUUAGAAAAGACAUUUAAAUCUUGCAGAUCUCAUGGGUCCAAGUCUUAAAUAACAUCUGUCCUAAUCUGAAAUGACAAUAAUGGCUGAGAGGAGCACUAGUUUGUUCGUCAAGGGUGUUCUUAAUUUAAGAGUUGAGAAGCAAAUGCAAUAUAAGGAAGAUAAGAUAUUUGCAAGCACUGGAAAGGAGCAACUGGCAUGUCAGCAUAAAUGAACAGUAAUGCCGCCCAAUCACAGCAUACCAUGCUCACCAGGGGGGUGAGGAGGAGUAAGAUAAGAGAAGAGAAGGCAAAUGACAAUGAAAGAAGGGUGGGUCCACAACUUGGUUGUGGUUCAGGCAGAGAACUUUGGCUUUCAGGGGGAUGAUAGGAGUUAAAAUUUAAAUAAAAUAUGAUGAGGAAGAAUAAGAAUGGUGAGAUGACAUAGUAAUCAUUUCUUCAUAUUGCGCCAGCAAGUUACACAGCGCUUUACAUUCAUUUAUAACAAACAGGGGUCUUGCAAUAUUUAAACAGAGUAAAAAAUAGGUCCAGAGGGCUCUGAUUGCUGGAUAAACAAAAAGGAAAAUGUAAGACGAGAAGAAUAAAACAGGAAAGCAUACAGGCUAAAAGAAGGGUAAAAAGAGAAGUGGGCAGGAAAGUAGAUCAUUAGGUGUAGAGAGAAGAGUAUAGGAGACAGAAUGAGAAAGAGAAGCAGGGGGGAUGGAGUGGCAGAGAAGAAGAGAGAAAGCAAAAAGAAGCUGGGGCAUAAUAGGGUAUAUGGAACUUGAGAGGCUGGAGGGGGAACAGUAGGGGAGAGAAAAUGAGAGAGGCUGGAGGAGUAGAGGCAGUGAGGGAAGAGAAAGAAGUAGAAAAAAGGGAGUCGGUGUUUCAGUAAGUGGGCUCCUAGGAUUAGCUUUCAUGGUGGGUGCUGUAAAUGGAUAUCAUUUUUUGCUGUAACUAAACAGUCAGUGCACAAUAUGGGAGCAGAUCUGGUGAAUUUUCAGAAAUGUCUUGUCUCUCAGUGACCCAGAACUGCUCCUGUGGGGGGGUCACAGCAUAGAAGCUCCAGGCAAGCAACCUUGUGUUUCAUGUCUGACUCCCACUGUUAGUCUGGUUUGUGGUCUAAAUCUUAGCUUGGCAGAUCCCGGCAAAAUCCAUUGCAGCUAGGAGCACCGUAAAGUAAAAAGGAGAUUGAUGAAUAUGUUCGAGUUGUAGUGUUCCUUUAAAUCCUGAAUAUUCUGUGUGUCCGAGAACAUAUCUAACCCGCUGCUGAGGGCAGUAAGUGAAUAUAACUAUGUACUAUGUAACUAUUAAACUGGUAACUGAGCUUCCGUACUGCAAAGGUCAGAACAAAUUCUUUUUUUUUUUUUUUUUCCCAACUCCUUGCAAGUAGAAAACGCUGCUGUAUUAGCCUGUUGGUUGUCAGCUUCCAAGCCUGGAGAUGUCCCUGCUAGCUGGGGAUUGGCUGAGCUGUGUAUGUGUGAAAGGGUUAACGUCGCACAGGGGGAGGCCUGACCUAAUGCAAUGCUGUGCUCUCCCUUGACUCCCCUCCACCCUGUGCUCCGUGAUGUCACUGCUCUAUAGCCAAUAAAAACAAACUUGGUGUGAC